AUGUCUAAAUGUGAGCUGAUUGAGUUGAAGGACCUUAGUGUGAAUGAUCCUAUUGAAUUGGCAGCCCGUGGGCCACGCACCUCUGCCAGUCAGGCUAGUCACUUCCACAUUGUCCGUCUGGUUGGGGACACCGUCAGCAUCGAGGUGCCAUAUCGGGAAGCUGGUGUAGGUCACGACUUCCAGCCCUACGGUCACACUCAUCUGAGCUGGUGCGACCUGUGUGGAGAAUUCAUCUGGGGUGUUUAUAAGCAGGCCGUACGAUGCACCAAUUGCAGUUACACUUGUCACCCCAGAUGUCGACCUCUCAUCCAGCUAGACUGUGGUGCAGACAGAAGUUUGCCAGCUGCGGUGGAUUUCUCUGUUGAUUCCGUAGAGAAGGACACAAAUGUGGAUGAGCAGAGUGACUGGCGCAAACAGGAGUUAAGUGAUGUCGAAAUUCAUCAGAAGGUCAAGGAAUACAAUGCUCAGAUUAACAGCAAUCUCUGCAUGGUGGUGAAUAAAGACGGCACCUACACUGGUUUCAUCAAAGUCCAUUUCCAGCUCAUACGUCCAAUUACUCUGCCGCCUUCUCAGAGCCCAACCCAGGAUGAACCUGAAUACGGUCGACGGCUGACACGAAGAACAUCAUUCUACCUCCCAAAAGACGUUGCAAAGCACCUGCAUAUAAGCUCCCAAACACGGGUACGAGAAGUCAUUGAGGCUUUGCUCAAUAAGUUCACAGUGGUAGACAACCCAGCCAAGUUUUCCCUCUUUGAACGCACCGACAGAGAAAACCAAGUGUCCAUGCGAAAACUGCGCGACGAUGAGUGUCCCCUCCACCUGCGCUUGUGUGCAGGACCAAGUGAAAAGGUCUUGAGUCUUGUCCUCAAAGAGAAUGAGACUGGAGAUGUGAAUUGGGAUGCCUUCAGUUUUCCUGAGUUGUCAAAUUUCCUGCAAAUUCUACAGCGAGAGGAAGAGGAACACGUCCGGCAGAUAGUGAGGCGCUACACUCGCACCAGGGACAUGAUAAAGCAGGCCAUGGUAAAGAUUACUACUCCAGCUUGA